UUGGGCGGUCUCUGCAGUCUACUCUGCGUAGUCUGUGGAGUUUCGAAUGAAACUGCUUCACUUAUCCUUCUCUCGUUCCUUCUCUCUCCGUAAAAUCAUGGAGUGUCUGCAAUCCCUUCCAACGUCUCUAGGAAUUCCCCGUAUUACUUUAAACUUCAACACUCGAAGAAUACAGAGACUCGCUAACCCUAAUUAUCCAUUUCAUAAAACAACACCAAUUCAUUCCCCACUCUUCUCCAACUUCAUAUUCCCAAUAACUCCAUCAAACCCAUCUAGGUUUUCUUCUUCUUCCACCACGGUAAAGUUUGCAGUGCCUGAGAACCAAUCAAGUGUGGGAGUUUCUGAAACGGAUGAAUGGGCAAUGCAAGAUUUUUACACCUUUAGAAAGGAUGUUGAGAUGACGAUGGAACGGGUUACAGAAAUUAGGCGCUCCUCUGGUUUGGAGAAACUACAAGAAGAGCUUACAGCUCUUGAAAAUAAGGCAGCUGAUAGCACUUUAUGGGAUAAUCAAGCUAAAGCGCAGGAAACUCUUCUGGCGCUGACUGAAGUCAAAGACAAAAUUAAAAUGCUCACUGACUUCAAAUCCCAGGUUGAAGAUGCAGAUAUGAUUGUAAAACUAACCGAGGAAAUGGAUUCUGUUGAUACUGAACUUGUUGAAGAAGCCAAAAAUACAAUUCGAAAUUUGAACAAGGCAUUGGAUAGUUUUGAACUUACUCAGUUGCUUUCCGGACCCUAUGAUAAAGAAGGGGCAGUUAUCAGUAUCACAGCUGGUGCUGGGGGUACAGAUGCACAGGAUUGGGCUGACAUGCUUCUUAGGAUGUACAUAAGAUGGGGAGAGAAGCAGCGUUACAAGACAAGAGUAACUGAGAAAUCCAUGGGUGAGGAAGCUGGAAUAAAAUCAGCAACGCUUGAACUUGAAGGUAGUUAUGCUUAUGGGUAUCUCUCAGGAGAGAAGGGUACACAUCGUAUUGUUCGGCAAUCUCCAUUCAAUUCCAAAGGUCUUCGUCAGACGAGCUUUUCUGGAGUGGAAAUCAUGCCUCUUCUUCCAGAAGAUUCUGCCAGUGUCGAGAUACCUGAAGAAGAUCUUGAAAUAAGCUUCUCAAGAGCAGGCGGAAAAGGAGGUCAAAAUGUGAACAAGAUUGAAAGUGCUGUCCGAAUGGUUCAUAUCCCUACUGGUGUUGCCGUUCGUUGCACAGAGGAAAGAUCUCAGCUGCAAAACAAGGCAAAGGCUCUUAGUCGGUUGAAAGCCAAAUUGCUUAUCAUUGCUUUGGAACAACGGGCAUCAGAAAUCAAGGAAAUUCGAGGAGAUGCAGUAAAAGCCGAGUGGGGUCAGCAGAUCCGUAAUUAUGUGUUUCAUCCUUACAAGCUUGUGAAAGAUGUCAGAACAGGACUUGAGACAUCAGAUAUUGCUUCCGUUAUGGAUGGUGAAUUGGAGCCUUUUAUCAAAGCUUACCUCAAAUUUAAGUACAGCAACAGUCGGUGAGCUUCAGUGCUACAUCAUACAUAUGCACAAAUCAUACUCGCUCUUACAAAUCUAUCAUUUGUCUUUGACAAGUGUAUAUUCAGUAGAAUCAACACAUGUAUAAUGUUUGAGACUGAUCCAUCCAUCGAUUUUAUGGAACAAAUUUUGUUGUCAAAUUUUUGUUGAUAUUAAUCUUUAUAUCCAAAACAUACU